AUGACAGUUUCUCUGCCGCCUGGUACAGUUCUCUUCUUCGCAGGUUGCUUAUUUGGAUCUGGUGUCCGAUGGCUUUCUCAGCACCGGCGCCACCGGCGCCAGAGAGAGUAUAUAUGGGGUCUCUUGUUUUCAUUUCGGGUGUGUCUGAAGAUUAGGGUUUCGUUGAGGCCUUGGUUGGUGGAGUUGGCUCUUAGUCACCGUUGUGUGGCCUUCGGCUCAGCCGGUCUCGCAUCUUCUCAGAUCUGGUUUUCUCGGCAUCAUAGUUUCCCUAUCGUCGUCAGCCUUGAAGCGGUGUCGUUCUCAAAGUUCGUCGGCGGAGGAUGGCGGCCAUUAGGGUUGGUUCCGGAGUGCUCGAGAUCUGGUCUUUUUUUUUUCCCUCUGGUCGUGGUCUGGUGA